CUGGUUAUGGAAUCACACAUCAGACCGGCAUCGUUCAAGCAUGUCGGCAUCCAGUGAGCUUCUGAAAAGGCUCUUUAUAUUCCAAUGAGGCUGCCGGUGGAGAUAUGGCUUUCAGAGUUAUGAGGAGGAUUCAGAGCCUGGCCCUCACUGGGCAGCGGCUGGGUUCUCUUCACGGGGCUGCAUGUCUCUCGCAGCUCAGCACGCAAAGAUGUGAGCCGGUGUGCCUUUCGUGCCUCUGGACCGGCUCCAGACGCUGCACAGUGCGCCAGGGCUGCCGCCGACUCCCGUACAGCUGCAGCAGGAUGAGCCUGACUACCAUAGUCAGGGAUCCUCUGAAUUUCAGUCCGGGGUCCGUCUGGGUCCACAGGGACGCCACACACACGUUCCAGCUCAGCCUGCUUGACCGGCCCGCCGCGUCGGACGAGCGGGCGUUCGAGGAACGCCUCCGCGGAUGCACCGCUUCAAAGCAGGUGCUCCGGCUGCUGCGGUCAGCGGACGCGAUGUCUGACACGAUGGCGGCCGCGGCGCUCCACCGCGUGGCGGAUCUGGAGCAGGCGGUGAGCGGGCUGAAAGACCCGGGGGUUCUAGAUAAGGACAUCAUUAAGGCCGUCUGUUUCCAGCUAGAGCACGACUCCACGAGGCUGACGGAUGCAGGGCUGGUGUCGGCUCUGCUGGCCUGCACGCGGCUGUACGUGGACCCCUGGAGCACGCUGAUGGUGCGGCUGGUCUCUGAGAGCCAGGAGCGGCUGGACAGGGGGCACAUGACCUUGGGGAACCUGUGUAUCCUGGCAGAGGCACUCCUUGCCCUAGAAGGCCCUGGCUGCGGUAUGCUGCAACAGGUGAUGGAGCAGGUUCAGGCAUGUGAGCCCAGGGAGUGGAGUCUGCAGGAGCUGACCCGCGUAUAUGGCAUGCUGCAGGCUGGGGUCGGGGAGGACGGACGAUACCAGGACCUCUUGAACUCCAUGAACACCCACGCCGUCUCCGUCACCUCCCGUCUGGAUCCGACCUCUGUCAGCAGCGUGCUGAAUGCCCUGGUGAUCCUGAACCAGACCCAGGCUAUGCCACUGGUUAUCAGCCUUAGCAAGCAGGCAGUCAGGCAUGUGCCCCACUUCUCGGAUGACGAACUGACGCUCGUACUGGGGGCGCUCAUGCACUUUGGUCACAGUGACCAAUACUUCGUCGAGGCAAUGGAAAGGCACGUCCCCAAGGUGGCUUUCACUACACACCCAGAAACUGUCACCAAGGUGAUGCAGUACCUAGGCCGGCGGAACAUUCUUUCUCCGCCUGUUUUCGAUGCGGUGGCCGAGAGCUUUGUCUAUAGGGCUGACGACUACAGCACCAGCCAGAUUGCCAGGCAGAUCAUGCCUUUUGGGAAACUGGGAUACUUGCCGCCUAAUGCUGGGGAAGUGUUCCGCAAGGUGGAGAUCAUCUUGCACACCCGUUUCUCCCAGUUUCAGCCCCGCACGCUGCUCAACCUGCUCCACUCCUGCACCCUCGUCGAGAGGUUCCCUGUUAAUUUUGUGGCCAAAGUCUUCAGUCCGUAUUUCCUCCAGCAGCUUCAAGCAAAAGGCACAGGCAUUGACAAGAUCAUACUGGCACAAUUAACACAACUUUACAUGACUGUGAAGCUCGAGUGUCCCUUUUAUGAGGGCCCCAGCCUCCUUCCCAAGUACCGUGUAAAAUCCUUCCUCGGACCUGGACGAUCCCUAGAGACCCCAGUAGAUGAACACCUCUACAACUUUGUGAAAACAGGCCUGGUUGACCUUCUAGGGGCCCGUGCAUACUUUGCGUCCCGUGUCCUAACUCCAUACUGCUACACUCUGGAUGUGGAAAUAAAGCUUGAUGAAGAGGGAUAUGUAUUGCCUGCCAGCCAUGUUGAUGAUGUCUACAGGAGGAUAGCUCUGUGCAUUGAUGGUCCAAAGAGAUUCUCUGUGAACACAAGACAGCUGCUGGGCAAAGAGUCAAUCAAGCAGAGGCACCUCCGGUUGCUGGGUUACGAAGUUGUGCAGAUUCCAUUUUAUGAGUUUGAGAAGCUGCAGAGUCAAGCAGAGACGGUGGAAUACUUGCACAAGAAGAUCUUCCCACACAGUUACAGGCUCAGCUGGUGACUACCCACAAUGGAGAGCUGUAACAGUGUGCUCAGUAAAACAGCAAAGCCCCCUUUGAGCAACAUUUGCUUUGAACAGCGGCUUGGCUUGCACUUAGACUUGUAUUUGUCAUAUUUGCAGUCUUAAGUGUAUAUAUAAUUUUAACAUAUAAUAACAUUCGGAGGCUGGUGUCUCAAUUUGGAUAUUUUUACUUGAGAUUCAGUCUUCCAGUGCAGUUCACAGAAUGCAAUAGCAGCUUUACAGAAUAAGUAUCUAUUUUGCUGUUUGCACAACUGUAAGUUAUUGCAUAUUUGAGUUAAUGAAAUGACAGGAUACACCCUCUUAUGGCAUCUUUAUGAUAGGUCAUUACAAAUAU